UCAGUAGCAUAUAUAUUUUGGAUGCUACUUAAGCCAAUGAUGGAUGGCGCUUUAAGAUAGUCCGGUUUUUGAAGAAAUAUGGCGGAUGUUGAGUUAACGAAAGCAUUAAAAGAUUUACCGAAUCGAAUUCAAACCGCCAGUAAAAACGAGCGGCGAGUGCUUCUACAAAAUGUCGUCAGUGUGUUGUCAAAUCCUGGCAUCAAUGAGAAGAUUGUCAAUGGAAUUUGCAAAACCAUAUCUUCUACUUUACAUCGAUAUAAGGAUACUGCUUCCCAAUCUUACGUGAAAAAGUUAAUUGAAGAACUGUUAAAAAAGCAACCAGUACCUACAAUAAAACAUAUGACAAAUGUUAUUGUAGAACAAGCUACAUGGCAUAAAAAUGUAGUUCCUACUACGAACACGUCUUUAACAGCGUAUCUUGCAUUAAAAUGGUCAACAUUAAUUAUUCUGCAUGGAUACAAAAGCAAUUCAGAUAUGAAUUCAGAAUUACCAAAACUUAUUGAAGCACAGGCAAAUUUGAGUGCAGCAGCUUUGGCAUCCAUGGACAAAAAAUUGACAAAUAAAGUAUAUGUUUUACUUGCGCAUCAAUGGUCAAGUGUUAAAGAUAUUGAUAUUGUGUAUUUAGAGACACUAACAAAACUGGAAGCUGGAAACGGUGUAAUUGUUCUUGCGAGUUUACUAACUAUGUAUUUAGUUGAUGCAAAGAAAAGUGAUUUAGUGGUAAAAUUGAAGACAAACACCAUAGAUGCUUUCAUAAAGCUAACUAUUAGUUGUAAGAAAAAACCAGAUCUCUAUGUUGUUCAUAAUGCUGUACCUCUUCUUCGUAGAAUAUCUCAUGAUGAGUUUAAAAGUCAACUGUUACCAGCUUUGCAAAAAGCUAUGUUAAGAAAUCCAGAAAUUAUUAUUGAAUCGGUUGGACAUAUUCUAAGUGGUUUAAGUCUUGAUUUAAGUCAGUAUAGUCAAGAUAUAAGUAAAGGAUUAUUUGCUAACUUGUAUUCAAAGGAAGAUUUAGUUAGAGACGAAGCUGUAGGAGCUUGUCGUAGACUUGCUCUUCAAUGUUCAGAUACUGCUGCUUUGGAAAAUUUAUUAUCAUCUGUAUUUGCUGUAUUUCAUGGAUCAGAAGGAAAACUUACAGUUGCAACUCACAAAAUUUCUGUAUUGCAAGGUGCUGGCAAUCUUAGUUACAAUGCAGCUUCAGGAAGUAGUGUUGAAAGAUUAGCUGAAACAGCCUGCGAACAUUUUAUUAAAGUUCUUGAAACUGAAGUUCAUGAGAAAACAUUAAUUCAUGCUCUUGAAAUGAUGGCAUUGUGGUCUAAUAAAUUUGCAAAUAAUGUUCCAAAAUGUGUAAUAGAUGCAUUUAAAAAAGGUAUGACUGCUAAAACUUCAACUGCAGCAGUGCGUACUGCUUAUAUUAAACUAUUCUUUUCUACACCAGUAGUUUCUUAUUCUGAAGUAAUAACCCCAUUGCUUAUACAAGCAAUAAGCAGAGCUAUGCAACAGUCUGCACAACCAGUUGCAGUCACAGAGGGUUUAGUAGCUUCUUAUUUGUUACUGAAAUUUGUUCUUGCUAAUCAAGUGGAAAAUGACAAACAAACUGUAUUGUGGCAUGCGAUUGAUGAGCAAAUAUUCUUCUCAGAAAAAUUUUUGUCAACUUGUGGAGAUGAUAUAUUGUAUCACCUCAUGUUACUUUGCAAAAGACUAAUUAUUGAAUUUGGAGAUAAAUUAAAUGAAAAAACUUUAAAUGGUGUUCACAGAGCAAUUGUAGCAUGUGCAACAGCUCCGAAAUAUAAAAUAAGAAAACGUUGUUUCCCAUUAAUUAAAAAAGUUUUAACUGGUUUGAGUACAUAUGAUCCUGCACAAGAACUACUAAUGGAAUAUAAUAAAUUCAUAGAAAAUGUAAAAAUUAAAUCUGAAAAUGAUAGUGAAAAUAAAGAAGAUUCUUCUAAUUGUGAGAUAACUGGUAGAUGUCUUGCAGACGGGUUAUUUGCUAUUUGUUCAGGUUCUUUUUUAUUUGAAUUACCUGCUAUGCAAAUGACAAGAGAUGCACUAAUACCAUCUCAUCAUCCUGCAAUCUAUAAAGCAAUGCCAAAUUUAUGGUUUAAAAUUGCAAAAAACUUUAAUCUUGUACCAAAAAAAUUUUUAUGUACAUUUAAUCAUGAAAUUAAAAGAAUACUUGUACAAAAUUAUAAACCUGUUGCUAGUUAUGAAAAUGCAUUAACAAAAGUGAUAUCAAUUAUACCAGACAUCAUAUUACCUGGAAUAGUAUUUAACAUUACAAAUAAACUUGAUGAUCCAGAGAUCUUAAAAGUUACUAAAGACGAAUACUUUACUUAUCUCACUCCAGAAGGGGAACUGUAUGAUAAAAGUGUAUUACCAACAAAUGAUGAAAAUGAUAUUCUCAAUUCAAUGAAUAUGAGAAGAGAGAGUAAAGUGUAUUCAUUUAAAGAACAGCAAGAAGAAUUGCAGCUUAGGCGAGAAUUAUAUGAGAAACGAAAAAAGGAAGGAAAAAUACAAGAGCCUAAAUUAACACCAAAGCAAGAAGAAAUCCUUAAAGCACAAAUGGCAAAAGAAACUGCAAUUCGUAAAAGAUUGACGGAAUUGAAAUUUAUUAGAAUAGAUAUUGUUGUAUCUCUAACUAUGUGUUCUAUACGAGGAAAUAGUCAAGAAUUGUCAAUAUACUUAAAAGAUUUUCUACCUCUAAUUUUGAAAAACUUGGGAUCGCCAUUAGCUGCUCCUGCAAUGUCAGAUCUUUAUAUUCAUUUAAAAGAAAUUGUGAAAAUAAAUAAUCCAAUUCUUACUGAUUUAGUAGCACAUGUUACAUUACGACAAUUACAACCACAGUGUGAUCUCAAUCAAGCUUGGGAAGAGGAAAAUCUUGAUACUGCAGUAAAAAGAACAUUAAAUCUUUUACACACAACAACAAUAAAACAUAAGAAAUUAUUUACAGCACCAACUUUUUGCUACAUCUUUCCAUUUAUAAAGAAAACUUUAUUAUCUUAUAAGGAUGAUAAUAUGAUAGUUCAAGGAUUGCAAAUAAUACAAGAACAUGCUAAACAAAGAGGGAGUUCUGAUUUUAGAGAUAUGAAACAUCCUCAGUUGCUUCCACGUAAACAUAUGUUUGAUCUAUUAAUAGAAUUAAUGGAAAUCACAAGUGGCAGAGUACAGUCACAUGCAGUUGCAACAUUAUUAGACGUUGCUCAAUCCGGUAGUGGUCAAUCAGGUACUGCAAUAGCAACUAAUGAAGAUAUAGAUUCUUUAAUUGGGGCAUUACAAAAUUCUUUAUCUACAAUAAGAGAUGCAGCAUUAAGAGCAUUAUUAGUUGUGAGACAAGCUUUUCCAUCUCAAAAAGAACAUUCUGUACAACUUUCUCAUCUUGUUAGAAGAAUUUGGAUUGCUAAGUUUGAUAUUUGUGAUGAGAAUAAAAUUCUUGCUAAUGAGUUAUGGACUGCCGCAGAUUUAGUAAUGCAUGCAGAUAAACUUGCUGAUGAACUGAUCCAAGACAUUGCGCAUCCUGUAGAACCUGUACAGCAAGCAGCUGCUUGUGCUUUGGCACAAUGUUUAACUGAAGUUCUCCAUCUAGUACCAAUCAUUUUGGAUAAAUUAUUACAAUUGUAUCAAGAAAAAUUAACUAUGAUUCCACCAAAAUUAAACGAUUUUGGACGAGUGGUUGAACAACCUAUUGAUACCUGGGGUCCACGACGAGGUGUGGCACUUGCAUUAGCUCAAAUGGCACCUCUUCUUAGUGCCGAUACAAUACUUAAACUUGUGCAAUUUUUUGUCUCUACUGGUUUAGGAGAUAGAAAUCAAGCUGUCCGAACAGAAAUGUUAACUGCUGCUGUAGCUGUUGUUGAUCUUCAUGGAAAAGCAAAUAUAACUUCUUUGUUACCUGUUUUCGAAGACUUUAUGGAUAAAGCACCAAAAAUUGGUAGUUUCGAUUCAAUCAAACAAUCUGUAGUUAUUCUUAUGGGAUCAUUAGCAAGACACUUGGACAAAGAUGACUCGCGUAUUAAACCGAUAGUUAUGCGUUUAAUUGCUGCUCUUUCCACACCAUCACAGCAAGUGCAAGAAGCAGUAGCUAAUUGUUUACCACAUUUGGUACCUUCUAUUAAAGAAGAUGCACCAAAAAUUGUAGAUAAAUUAAUGGAUCAAUUGUUAAAAUCAGACAAAUAUGGAGAACGAAAAGGUGCAGCUUAUGGUUUAGCAGGCAUAAUCAAGGGUAUGGGAAUAUUGGCACUAAAGCAACUUGAUAUUAUGACUACAUUAACUAAUGCCAUUCAGGAUAAAAAAAACUAUAGGCAUCGAGAAGGAGCAUUAUUUGCUUUUGAAAUGUUAUGUACAAUGCUUGGUAGAUUAUUUGAACCAUACAUUGUUCAUGUAUUACCACACUUGUUGCUGUGUUUUGGAGAUUCAAGUCAAUAUGUCAGAGCGGCUACUGAUGAUACAGCUCGUGUAGUUAUGAGUAAACUAUCUGCACAUGGUGUAAAACUUGUUUUACCUAGUUUAUUAGCAGCAUUAGAAGAAGAUUCGUGGAGGACUAAAACUGGAUCUGUUGAAUUAUUGGGUGCAAUGGCAUAUUGUGCACCAAAACAACUUAGUAGUUGUUUACCAAGUAUAGUUCCAAAACUAAUCGAAGUACUUAGCGAUUCACAUACAAAAGUUCAAGAGGCAGGUGCAGAAGCUCUUAAAGUUAUUGGAAGUGUAAUUCGUAAUCCGGAGAUUCAAGCUAUUGUGCCAGUUUUAUUAAAAGCUUUACAAGAUCCUUCUCAUAAAACAGCUACUUGUCUCCAAACUCUUUUAGAUACUCAGUUUGUACAUUUUAUUGAUGCUCCAUCAUUAGCUCUUAUUAUGCCUGUAGUACAACGAGCGUUUUUGGAUCGUUCAACAGAAACAAGAAAAAUGGCAGCUCAAAUUAUUGGAAAUAUGUAUUCUUUAACUGAUCAAAAAGAUUUAACUCCAUAUUUGCCAACCAUUAUUCCUGGUUUAAAAACGAGUUUAUUAGAUCCCGUACCAGAAGUACGAAGUGUAUCUGCAAGAGCGUUAGGUGCUAUGGUACGAGGAAUGGGUGAAUCUAGUUUUGAAGAUUUACUUCCGUGGUUAAUGCAAACGCUUACAUCUGAAACGAGUAGCGUUGAUCGAUCAGGUGCUGCACAAGGUCUUUCGGAAGUUGUGAGGGGAUUAGGUGUUGAAAAACUUCAUAAACUUAUGCCUGAAAUUAUUAGUACCGCAGAAAGAACUGAUAUAGCUCCUCAUGUCAAGGAUGGUUAUAUUAUGAUGUUUAUUUACAUGCCAAGUGCAUUUACUACAGAAUUUACACCUUAUAUUGGACAAAUCAUUAAUCCUAUUUUGAAAGCCUUAGCUGAUGAAAAUGAAUAUGUUCGUGAAACAGCACUUAGAGCGGGACAACGUAUUGUUAAUCUUUAUGCUGAUUCUGCUAUUAUGUUGCUAUUACCAGAAUUAGAAAAGAGUCUUUUUGAUGAUAAUUGGCGUAUUAGAUAUUCAUCAGUUCAAUUACUUGGGGAUUUGUUAUAUCGAAUUUCUGGAGUCUCAGGAAAAAUGUCAACAGAAACAGCAAGUGAAGAUGAUAAUUUUGGAACUGAACAGUCACAUUAUGCCAUUAUUAAUGCCCUUGGUGCUGAAAGACGAAAUCGUGUUUUAGCCGGACUCUAUAUGGGUAGAUCAGAUGUUGCAUUAAUGGUACGCCAAGCUGCUCUUCAUGUAUGGAAAGUUGUUGUAACGAAUACGCCAAGGACUUUAAGAGAAAUAUUACCGACAUUAUUUACUUUAUUACUUGGCUGCCUAGCUAGUACAAGUAAUGAUAAACGACAGGUGGCAGCGAGAACUUUAGGAGAUCUAGUUAGAAAAUUAGGUGAAAGAGUGUUACCAGAAAUUAUACCUAUUUUGGAGAAAGGUUUACAAAGUGAUCAAGCUGAUCAGCGUCAAGGUGUAUGUAUUGGUUUAUCAGAAAUUAUGACAAGUACAAAUAAGGACAUGGUGAUAACCUUUGUAAUUAGUUUAGUUCCAACAGUAAGAAAAGCAUUGUGUGAUCCAUUACCAGAAGUUCGACAAGCAGCAGCUAAAACUUUCGAUGGUUUGCAUUCAACUGUAGGAGUUAGAGCAUUAGAUGACAUAUUACCAGCAAUGUUAACACAAUUAAAUUCACCGGAUCCAGCUGAAGCAGAGAAUACUUUAGAUGGUUUACGCCAAGUAAUGGCAAUCAAAUCUCGUGUUGUUUUACCAUAUUUAGUACCUCAAUUAACAACUCCUCCUGUUAAUACAAAAGCGUUAUCAAUUUUGGCAAGUGUAGCAGGUGAAGCAUUAACAAGAUUUCUUCACAAAAUUCUACCAGGGCUAUUGACUGCUCUCUCCAGUGCUCAAGGAACACCAAAUGAAGUUCAAGAGUUAGAAUAUUGUCAAACAGUAAUUCUAUCUGUUACUGAUGAAGUUGGUAUUAGAACAAUUAUGGAUCAGCUUAUGGAAGCUACAAGAGCAGACGAUUUAUCUAGACGUCGAAGUGCUGCAACUUUGUUAUGUGCUUUUUGUCGAGACACACGCGCAGAUUAUAGUCAAUAUGUUCCACAGUUAUUACGAGGUCUCAUUCAUUUAUUUACGGAUAACGAUAAAGAUGUACUACAGAUGAGCUGGGAAGCACUUACAGCAGUUACUAAGACUCUAGCAUCUGAUCAACAAAUUGCACAUGUACAAGAUAUUAGACAAGCUGUUCGAUUUGCAGUUUCUGAUUUGAAGGGACAAGAAUUAUUGCCAGGAUUCUGUUUGCCAAAAGGAAUUACUCCUAUUCUUCCGAUAUUCAGAGAAGCUAUAUUAAAUGGUCUACCAGAAGCAAAAGAACAAGCAGCUCAAGGGCUAGGAGAAGUUAUAAAAUUAACUAAUGCCUCAGCCUUACAACCAAGUGUUGUACAUAUUACUGGACCAUUAAUUCGAAUUCUCGGUGAUCGCUUUAAUUGGAGUGUUAAAGCAGCAGUUUUAGAAACGCUUGCAAUUUUGCUUGGCAAGGUUGGAGUAAUGUUAAAACAAUUUUUACCACAAUUACAAACUACUUUCUUAAAAGCAUUGAAUGAUAGUAACAGACAAGUAAGAUUAAAAGCCGCUUAUGCUAUAAGUAAUCUCAUUAUAAUUCAUACUCGUGUCGAUCCACUAUUCACAGAUCUUCAUACUGGCAUAAAAACUGGUGAUGAUCCAGCUAUUAGAGAAACAAUGUUGCAAGCUUUAAGAGGUGUGCUUACGCCUGCUGGUGAUAGAAUAACAGAACCAAUGAAAAAACAAGUCUUUGCUACUUUAAGUAGCAUGCUUGGACAUCCAGAAGAUGUUACAAGGAACUCUGUAGCUGGUUGUUUUGGAGCAUUGAUACGGUGGCUCAGUCCAGAUCAACUUAACAUUGCGCUUAAUGAAGAUUUGUUAUGUAAUGAUACCAGUGUUGACUGGAUGCUUAGACAUGGACGUUCUGCGGCACUAUUUGUUGUAUUAAAGGAAUCGCCAACAACUAUUUAUAAUAGCAAAGAUAAAGAUCGUGUUUGUGUAGUAAUUCUUUCAUACUUGAGUGCAGACCGAAUUCAAAUAAUCAUGAAUGGUAUACGAGCUUGUGGUUACCUGUUUCAAUAUCUUAUGAAUGAAGGACAAUCUAUACCUCAACAAAUUUUACCUCCUUUUGUUCGAUCAAUGAAUAACAAUAAUAAUGACGUGAAACAGUUAUUAGCUAAAGUUUGCAUUCAUUUGGCUCGUAAUAUACCACCUGAAAGGAUGUCACCAGAAUUACUUAAAUCGCUUUUACCUAUGUUGGUAAAUGGAACAAAAGAAAAAAAUGGUUAUGUGAAAGCCAACAGUGAACUUGCUCUCAUAGCAGUACUUAGAUUGAAACAAGGAGAAGAAGAAUAUCAGCGUUGUAUGGCUUUCUUGGAUGUUGGUGCCAGAGAAUCAUUAUCGGAUGUAGUCAGCAAAGUAUUGCGCAAAGUUCUAUCUCAACCUGAAGGCAAAAUAGAAGAAUUAGACGAUACAUUACUCACGUGAGAGAUAUUGUACGUUCUGGGGCUCAUUAUGCUCUACACCCCUUUUAAUAGUCAUACCAUCAAUAAUUAUUCUGACGAUUUUUAUAAAGAGACUUAUUGUUCGUGUAUUAGUUAUAUUAUAAAGACGUUAGUUCAUUCAAUAUUGUAUCUCGAUAAUCAAUUAAACAAAGUAAAAUGUAACAGUCGCUCGAUGGCAUUUGAGUUACUUAAACUAAGGUGUCCUGUUUACCGAGUGAUUCGCAUACACGUUGUAGAUAUUUCUACGAAAAAUGUUUUCUACUGUCCAUUUAUUAAUCUGUUUUUCUAUAUUUUAAUUGUUAGUAAAUUAUAUUUGUCUCAAAGAUACACAUUUGUAAAUGAAUCGAUAGAAAGUAAUACAAAAUAUAUCGAAUUUGAAUGCAAAAACAGUGAAAAUAAUUUAAAAUGUGAAUUACAUUUCGAUCGUCUUGUAGAUUCACUGUUUACCUUUUUCAUUUAUGUUGUGUCAUAUGUUUUAUUAUGUUUUAUUAAUACCAUAAUUAAAAAUAAAUUAUUUUAUUUAUAUCGGAAGGAAAAAAUUGUUUUUAGACGAAACUAUAUGAUUAUUUUACUUUUUGAAAGUAUUUUAAAUACCGGCAAACGGAAUAAAACGUUUACUUACUAUCGAGCUUUAUUGUCAUGAAAACGUAUUUUGCUGUCCUGUACUGUAGUUAUAUAAAAAGUACAUAUAGUUUAUAUUUUAGAAUUAUUUAUAGCGAUUGUUGAGCCGGCGUAAGCCGUACCAUAACAUGACGCGAUACUUCUAAAUCUAUUAUUAAAGUCUUCGUUUCCUAAUAUAUUCUGCUUAUUCUAUUUUUAACAUUUUUCAAUUUAUCUGAUUAUAUUAAUUACAUUAUCCACAAUUUGCAAACUUGUAUAUUCUAUGAUACGUUACAAUUUAGUGUAUAAACAGAGUUUGUAUCUUUAUAUGUAACUUUUUUAAUGUUCAUAAAUAUUUGUUUUUAUAAUAUCAAAUCAAACAAAUUUAAUUAUUUCUCAUUCAUCUACAUUUUGUAUAUAUUAAAAAAAUAUAUGUAUAUAUUAUUUUUGUAGAAAAGUAAAAUUCGUUAAUUAAAUUGCUUUGCAAUUAAACACUAUUUUUGUAAUAAAGAUUUUGAUAGAUAUCCAAAAGAAUCAAAUCUUACAUCUUAAUCAAAUUUUAAUAUAUAUUAAAUAUUUUUAAAAU